AUGAAGUCGGUGGAGCGGGAGAAUGCAUGUUGGUCAGGCUGCUCUCUCGUUCACCCUGUGCCCAUUUCCCCCAGAGGACCCUUCCUGGUGCUGCUUCUGAGGGAAGGCUCCCAGGACUGGAGCUGGCUGGCCACCCACCGGCAGCGAGGCAGAGCUGCUGGUGACCAGUGUUGUCCUCAGGCCCUGUUCUUUUGGGCCGUGCACAUCACGGAGACUCUGCACCAGAACGUGCAGGUGCUGCUCAGCACCCUGGCCGAGGCUGAGGAGCAGCAGCCGUGCCUGCGUGGUUCAGCCGUGCAGCGCGGGACGCACCGUCUGGCCGAGCACCACGUGGGCAGUUAUGGGUGGGCCUGGGACAGGUGCUGGGUAGUGGACAUGGCGGAUACCCAGGCUGUGGUCGAGGUCAUCGAUUUUGGCCAGGCAGCUGCCAUCCCGGUUGAGCCCCUGCGCAGCCUGGAUAGUGACGACUGGACCCAGCCAUUCACUCUGGAGAAAGGCAUUUUGAGUUCAAACCAGGUGAUCCAUCGCAUCCUCAAAGGGAAAAUCACUGGUGCUUUGAACUUGGAGUUGCACAUCUUGAAGUUUGAAGAGUUUAAAGAAGUUGAAUGA